GAGUCCGGUCGUUGCCGUGCUGUGGUUGGUGAUGGAGGCGCGGCGGUGGUUGUUGCCGUUGUGGCUGCAGGGCUUGGCGCUGCUGUGGGGCUGCGCCGGCAUAGGGCUGGCGCAGCUCAGCACCACGGCUCCGCCAGCACCGGCACAGGCAUGUUCAGAGUUUUCCCAGAAGUCCUGUGAAGAAUGUUUAAAAAAUGUUUCAUGCCUUUGGUGUUACACCAACAACACUUGUACUGAUUACCCUGUAAGAAGCAUUCUUCCACCAUCUUCAUUAUGUUCCCUCUCAAAUGCUCGAUGGGGAGUUUGCUGGAUAAACUUUGAGGCUUUAAUUAUUGCCAUAGCUGUAGUAGCUGGGCUCAUUCUGGUGUCCAUAGCAGUCUGUUGCUGUUACUGCUGUUACUGCAGAAGGCAUUCCAGGAGUGGACCAGAUGAAGAAGAAGAACGGCUAGCUAGAAAGAGAGAGGAACGAAGAUUACAAUCUCUUCAGAGGAAACAUGAAAGAAAACUGAAGCAUGAUGAAAUACGUAAGAAGUAUGGUCUUCUCCAGGAUUCUGAUAAUCCAUACAGCAGAUUUGAGAAUGAAUAAAGCUGAGCUGUACCUCCAGAAGAGCUGUACUGCCAGAAUACAGGAAGAUAAUUCUUUUCUUUUGCCCCUUCGACUUUCUUUUGCUUCUUUUUUCCCCAAAAAAUGUCAUUUGAUUUUCUUUUCCCUUUUUUUUUUUUUUUUUUUUUUUUUGUUU